AUGGCAUCAAGAUUUGCACGAUAUAAUGCGUUAAUAAUAAAACCGGGAUCAGGUGCUCGAUUACCGCCAAUGCCAACACUUCGUGACAUCAUCAAAAUAUAUAAACUAAAAGCAUUGAAGCAGUUGUCACAAAAUUUCCUAAUGGAUGAACGGUUGACGGCUCGAAUUGUUCGAAUGUGUGGUGAAGUGGCUAAUCAGCAUGUGCUUGAAGUUGGACCGGGUCCAGGCAGUAUAACUCGAUCAAUAUUGCGACGUGGACCCAAGCAGUUGGCUGUCGUUGAAAAAGAUCGACGAUUCAUUCCAACAAUGGAGCUGCUUGCGAAUGCCGUUAAACCAUCCGUUCAAAUGGACAUCUAUCGUGAUGACAUCCUCAAAUAUCGCAUUGAAAACACAUUUCCGGAGGAUAUUCGAUGCGAUUGGAGUGGUACUAGGCCACCAGUACACAUAAUCGGUAAUUUGCCAUUUGCGAUUUCAACGCGAUUGCUGAUUAAUUGGUUAAAGGACAUAAGUUUGCGGCAAGGGGCAUGGAUCUAUGGUCGUACGACCAUGGUGUUGACUUUUCAAAAGGAAGUGGGUGAACGGAUAGUGGCUCCAAUUUUGGAUGAUCAACGUUGUCGUUUAUCGGUGAUGUCACAAAUUUGGACAAAACCAGAGCUACGUUUUAUCAUACCAGGAAAGGCAUUUGUACCAAAACCAGAUGUCGAUGUGGCGGUCGUACGGCUCGAGCCGCUCAAAGAGCCAUUAACCACAUUGCCAUUUGAUUUGGUUGAGAAAAUUAUGCGCUAUCUGUUUUCGAUGCGUCAAAAGAAAAUCCGUUUUGCCGUUAAAAAUCUUUACCCAACCGAAAUGUGUGAUGAGCUGACCAAUCGAACAUUUGAACAAGCCGCCGUCAGUCCAUUAGCUAAAUGCUUCGAAAUAUCCAAUGAGGAAUGCUUACGCCUGGCCAAUGCCUACAAUGACAUCAUUACAGAAUAUCCAAACAUUGCCAACUACAACUACCGAGCACCGCGUGUGAAACACUUUGACAUCAGCACACUUCGGGAUAGUGAUAUUUUUGAUGACUUAAACGCUGAUCCCAUUAGCAAUGAUUCCGAUGAUUACACAAAAUAUUAACCAAAAUGUAAAAUAUCUAUCUACCGUCAGUACAGAAGACAACAUUUAUUUUUUAAACUGAAACUUCUGUUUUAGUCAAUUUGGUAGGCUUGAAUUUGUAGUUUAGAGAUUUAUUUGUAAACAAUCAAUGCUUAGUUUUAACAAUGGAGAAAAAAAAUGAAUAAAAUGAUGAAUAAUCAACAAUAAA